UUUGGGUGGGAAGACGUCAGUUGUGCAACAGAGUGAUGUGCCACAAUGAUACACAGACUGGGUCCUUUGUUCCUUCUGAGCACUUUAACUCUCAGUCAGACCAAUGGAGAUGACCAGAUUACUCGGACCAUGCUCAACCUUGGAGAUACGUUCACUAUGUCCUGUUCUGUAGACAGGACUGAAGCCGGAUUGCUUUAUUUCUACAAAAUGAGUUUGGAAUCACCAGUCCAAACCAUUGCAGAGGGAUCUUAUGAGAAAACAACAUUUAAAGAAAACUUCAACAAUGCAAGAUUUGGAAUAAAUCAAAUUAAAGAAGCAAAGGAAAAUGUGUAUACCUUCACAAUUUAUAAUGUGAGAGGAGAAGAUGCAGCCACUUAUGUUUGCCAAGCAGGAUCAUCAUACAAAAUGAGUUUUGUUAACACUACUCUUUUGAUUAUUCUUGACCAAGGGCACCACACUUUCUAUGUGGAACAAAUCCCACGGGCUUCAGCUCCUCUAGAAGGUCCCGUGCAUCUCAGCUGUUCUCUUGUGUCCAAGAACUACUCUCCACUUGAGUGUCCUUCUAAACGCAAUGUGCACUGGUUCAAAUCUGGACCAGAAGAAUCUGCAGCCAGCUUCAUCUACACGUAUGAAGAGCAGACUGAGGAGCAGAGCCAGAGGACAUGUGUCUACAGUCUUUCCACAACUAUACAGGACGUCAAUCAGACUGGGACAUACUACUGCGCUGUGGCCAUCUGUGGACAUGUCCUGUUUGGACCAGGGACCAAAGUGGAGAUAAACACAUAUUUUCACCCAGUUUUUGUUUCCUUCGGGGUCCUGCUGCUCUGCUCGGCUGUCAUCAAUGCUGUGAUGUUCUGCUUAUAUCGUAAAGCUGCUCAUCGUCGCAAAGGUGUGAUAACUACGUCCAACUCUUUUGAACUUUUGGACACUGUUAUGGCAGAUCAAUCCAACAAUGAGGAGGACAGAGAAACAGGUGUGAACUAUGUCGCUCUGGAGUUUCCUCUGAGAAAAGUGAAGAGAUCAAACAUGAAAAAUGGAUCUCCACCGGACUGUUUGUACUCAGCCACCAGAGGCUACACAUGAAAUUUCACCUUUAUUGUGAAAGAAGAGUAUCUUCACGCCUGUAGAUAUGGUUUUGUUUGUUAUAUAUUUUUAAUAUUGCAGUUGCUGAAUUAAAAUAAAGAAUAGUUAUGUAUUAUAUGUUUUUUUCUAAACUAUUUCUACACAUUCAAAGCAUUUUUAAACAGAUUAGGAUUUCUAGAGUGGUCAUAUGUAAUUUACCAGGGAAGUUUACAGUAAAGAAUGUCCAGUCCCAACAAACAUGUUGUACCCAAGAAUUCAUGCAUAUGCAAUAUGAAGCUGGAUUUUUUAAUGUUUUUUUUUUUUUUUUUGCAUUAUUCUUUAUCUAAUGUUCAUGCCAUGUUCUAUCAUUCAGAACACAUCUUGAAAAAAAAAAACAUUUUAGGUAAUAAGUCCCUUUUUUUAAAAGUAAUUUUAAA